CUGCACCACACUGUAACGUGCAGUUGACAUAGAGGGAGCUACGUAAAAAAACGGGUUUUUUCUUUCUUACUUUCUUCUUUAAAAAGACUAAAAACUUGGAAGUACUUUUUAAUAUAUAUAUAUAUAUAUAUAUAUAUGUAUAUAUAUAUAUAUAUAUAUAUAUAUAUAUAUAUGAUUCUCAGUGAAUAUGGAUUAUUUAUUUAUACCAAGUGGAUGUUCGAAUCGUUUGGAUUUACGCCUAGACUUCGAUUUUCUCCAAUGAAACGAACAUGACCUGGAUACAUUACCCUCUGUAGCUGGAUCAUACUGGCCUAGCCUGCCUGGGUGAUCGCUACCAUUUACCACCAAAAUAAAACUAGAAAUCACUGUGCAGUGCCUGUUGAAUGCUGACCCUUUCUGCAGUCUCGGGACUCGGGGCUCUGGCUUGCCAAGCUGGGGCUAGACCGUGGACCACUGCGGUGGUGUGUGCGCGCGCGUGUGUGUCGAACCUCCACCCGUGUAUGUGUGAGAAAAAAUGAGUUCUGUUGAGCACACUUCUACUGUUGAUAGAGGCUUGAAAAUGAAGAUAAAACGCAAAGGAUUAAACCAGAAAAACGACCACGGCAGGGCUCAGGAUUCUUCCAAGACCGAAAAAGAUAGCAGUGCCAAACCGAUGACAAAUGUGACGGAUUCUGUGAGCGGUGUUCAGAUGUGUGGCGGUGGUUCGAAUGGCGGUGGUACACAGAUGGAUAAAACCGUGAAACAGUCACCGCAGGUGGAUAAGGACAAGUCGCCCAAAGUUAAGGUGACGCACAAAAAGGAGAAAAGUAAAGAGAAGACGAAGUCGGAUUCUCUGUCGAACGGCGGGGCGGGUCCGGCCGCGAAUGUCAGUAACGGGUUGGACGUACUGUUCAGCCAGGUUUCCAUGGAACCGAAGGUGGCCGACACGGUUCAAGUGAAGCGCGAACAGCCCGUGCCCGAUCCAUAUGAAUUUAAUGCCAAGGUGGAAGAUGGGAUUGGGCUACCCGUGAAAAAGAUGAAACUCGAAAAGGUGGAGACUGCAUCAUCACCGAUGCAGCUGGAGUGUCAUGACGUUGGUGUCGACACGUCCACUGUCGGCACGGCAACCGACCCGGAGUGCCUUGGCCCAUGUGAGCCAGGCACCAGUGUCAUGCUGGAGGGAAUCGUGUGGCACGAGACUGAAAAUGGAGUGUUGGUGGUCAACGUUACCUGGCGUGGGAAGACCUAUGUUGGAACACUGCUGGAUGCUACGAAACACGACUGGGCUCCUCCAAGGCUGAACUGUGACUCUCCAGUGAGCGAUAUGGAAAACCAGACCCCGAAGGGUCGUGGUAAACGAGGCCGGGCAUCAGCAGGAACCCCGGUGAAUGAGAAACUCAACCUGGAAGGGAGGAAACUGCGGAAGUGUCGCCGAGGUGGCAGCACCAAUGGUUUCCAGGCUCCACCGAGUCCCGCCAGGUCAGACGUGUCCGUUGGCGGGGGACUCAAAAGAAAAGGCCGACCUCUCGACCUCGACUUGUCCGAAAACGCCAAGGUGAAGCGAUGCCGGUCCAGUUCUAGAGGCGUCCCUGGUACGGAAAGUCCGUCUGGUGCUCUGAUCGAGUGUCCCGAACCAAAGUGUAAUAAGAAGUACAAACACAUUAACGGACUGAGAUACCACCAGACUCACGCUCAUCAGAAUUCUACUCUUUCCAGCAAUCAGGACGACGACGACAAUGAGGAGGCUGAUGUUCCAGAAAGCGAAGCUCCACCGGCUCCUGUUGCGUGUACUCGAGAGAAGAGGAAGUGCACAAUUCAGAACGAUUCGAAGGAGGAAGAGAAAAACAAACAUAAAGACUCCAAAGAGAGCGUCAAAAGUGUGAAUGUUAAGGACAAAGAAAACGAGGACAACAUUCCGUUAAAGGAGAUCGCUGAAGCAUCUAAAGCAGUCAGCAGCUUGGCAGGUGGUGCUGCUUCUGCUGCUGCUGCUGCUGCUACUGCAUCUAGUGUCACAGUACAAGAUAAAUCGACAAAAAGUGAUGCUGGUAAAUCAGACUCCAAGAGCGAAAGCUCUACAGUUGGUACUCCAAAGAAGUCAGAGGCCUCUGCUGUUAGUUCUAGUUCCUCAUCGACUGUGUGUACUACCCCGCUAAAGAGCUGCAGUGUGCCCGUGACUCAGAUCUACCAGAUUACUAGUGCUCCCAUGGGAUGUCUAGGUGGUGUGGCUGUGGUCACACAGGCCAUCAGUCCUGUUGUGAGCAGUCCGGCCAACACCUCAACAAACUGUUCUGUUGCCAACCCCAUCCCGAUAACGGUGGCCGCAGUGACUACACCCCCUCAGGCUACGGACCUGACCAAAUCUGAUUCUGUGAAGGAGAAAGGCGAAAAGUGUAAGAGCAAAACAGCAAACCGCCCGAUUGUGCCAGCUCCGUCGCCACAGAUGAUUGCUCUGUCGAGCAAUGUGAAUGUGACCCACUCGAAUCUGUCCCCGGUUAUAACACACUCCCAGAUGUCUCCAUCCUUAAAGCCCAUCCAGCCCAAGCCAACAAUAAUGGGUGAACCACAUAGCAUUAAUCCGGCACUCGUGGGGCUGAAAGACAAAAAGCCCAAGCAGAAAAAGAAGAAGGACAAAGAUUCCGCAAGUGUGCAUGCAAGCGUGAACUCUAGUAGCAAACAACCCACCGCCAAAGACUCAGUGCUACUAAAAGAUGACCAUCCAAAAAGUGAUCGCCCAGCUGUGAUAAAAUCAACUUCUAUUCCGUCCAGACUGCCAACCGACAACACAUCAUCAUCAUCACACAAGGAUGUUAAGGAACUGACUGUGCCAACGAUAGAGGUUCCUAAACUGGCACCUGGUGAAGUGCAAAGACCAAGUUCACGAGGACCUUCUGUCAUAACGUCUGCCAAAGGUGGUGAACCUCCACAGCAGAGGCAGACACAACCUCCCAGUUUGUUGAAAGUUAAUUCGCUUCUAGUGUCCACCCCCGACAGAAAGACUCCAGUGACCGAUGAUGUUCAGAGUCCUGCAUACUCGGAUAUAUCGGACGCUAAUGAGUCGUGUUCCCCUCAACAAAGCGAGAGUCCUCAAAAGAAGGAACCGAUCUCUGUGAAGAAGGAAGAUCAGCCUUCAGUACCUCAGCUAGCUCAGGAUGAUGGCAGCAACGUUUCUCAUUAUGGGAUGUACUACUACGGUCAGGCUCCUUACAUAAUGUCCAACGUGCCAGCCUCGCACCCAUCUCCCAACAGUUCAAAGAGCCAGACACUCGGAAAAGAAGCAUCAGCUUCAACGUCAGUAGAUGACAAGAAGCCAGGGUCGGUAGGAGCGGUAGACGGACGAAAACCGGACAACAAGGGUUUAUCUGAGGACAAAGGAGAUGGGAAGAACAAGCCACCUGAAGGACACAACGGUCAACAAGCCACCAUGACUCCUCAACAGCUGCAGGAGUAUGACAUGCAGAGACAGAAAUGGCUGCAGCAGAUGUACGCCCACCUUCAGCAUCUUCCUCCUCAAGCACAAUACCAGUACCUGGCAGCAUACGGCUACAUUGACCCUCAGUACAUGAUGCAGCAGCAGCAGCAGCAGCAGCAGCAGCAGCAGCAGCAGCAACAACAGCAGCAGCAACAGCAGCAGGAUCCUCAUUAUCGGCAGCAGUAUGAAAAGGCAGCAGAGGAGCACAGACGCAGGGAACAGGAACAGAUGGGCAAGGAAGGUGACAACAACAGUGGUAGCAGUAACAAGACAUCAGAUUCACGUCCAGCGUCGCGAGACCGUGUCACUCCAUCCAGUGAACCUCAGCCAGGUGGUUCUAAAAUCCUCAAGCAACCCUCCCUCCCUUCUGCAACUCAGGGCAGUAUCUCCAGCAGCGGCAUGGACAGGCUUGUCGAAAAUAAGAAGCCCAUUUCUGUGGAAAGACCCAGCGAGAGGGACUUCAAAGAGCAGGCGCUGAGAGACAAGCAAAACGAGAACCAUCAGAUUCUGAAGGAGAAUAUCGAACUGAAGUCACAGAUGGAGCGGUCGCGAUACGACAUGCAUCCGGACUACAGCAAGAUGUACAAGGAGAAACAGCAGGAGGAGGCGCGACGCAUGCAAAUGUUCCAGCAGCAGAAGUACAUAGAGCAGCAGAAACGCAAGCUGGAGCUCAGCGCCAGCAAGCCCCCCGAACUCACCAGCUCCGAGAGUGUCGUGAAGCACAGACCAGGCUCGGAAACGGCAAAAUUUGAAAAUCAGCCACGUGACUUGGUCAAAAAGGAAAUUGUGGAUUCUCGAGAUUCCCGACAGAAGGAUAUUCAUGGACGUGAGGGAGGCAGUGUGGUUAAGAGCACCUCGGAGCUAAAAAGCCUUGACGAAAAGCCCCGUGUUGGUGGUGGUGGUGAUAAAGCUCGGACUCCGGUUGAUCCUGGAAAAAUGAGAGGAUCUCAGCAGCAGCAGGUGCAGCAGACACCACAGUCCUCAGGGAGUGUGCCGUCUGCAGCAGGCAGCGUCCUGUCCUCCACAGCAGGGUCGCCAGCUGCAGCAGCAGCAGCAGCAGCCGCCGGUCUGCCUGCUCCGUACUCGCCGUACAUGUCGUACCCACCGUACAUGCAGUCGCCGCACUACGGACACAUCCCGUACGACCCCAGCACUUCGCUGGCCUACCGCAUGAACCCUCAGGUUAUAGGCUACAGUCCCAACCCACCGUACCUGCACCCGGCCCACAUGGGUUACCACGUGGGCGGAGAGGGGGAGAAAGAGAAGGUCGAGACCAAGACUGUUGUUCCGGUCCCUGUUCCGGUUCCGGUUCCGGUGCCCGUUGUUCCGUCGGAGCCGGAACCGAAAAGUUCCGAAAGCUCCGGGUCGCAGUAUUACUCGAAUGUGCAUAAGAUUCAUGAACUGGGCGACAAGGCCAGGGUGCGGGUCCCGUCGCCUGUCACAAGUAAAAAUCUGGAUCCUUCUUCGCCGUCUGUUCCGGUCCACCCAGCAACGUCGGCUUCUGCGGACAAGUCACGUGACUUCUCGAGUUCCCCGCCCACGCAGAGACACGUGCACACUCACCACCACACUCACGUCGUCGGGGGUUUCCCAUCCAUGUAUGAGCCGAUGUAUGGAGGUGAGUGGAAGAAGGAUUCAACACCACUGAUUCCACCACAUGCCUCGCCCUCCUCCGCACUGCCUCAUACAUACAACAAGUAGAGGAUUCGUCAAGCAGAUUAUCCCUGCCCAUAGAAGGAUUAUUCCUGGAUUAUCUGUUUCACAAAGUAUUAACAAUUACUUGGAUUUUACCCUGACAAUAAUGUGUUUUAUUCCCUGUGGAUUCGGUGUACAGAAUGUUUUCUUCCAGCUUUACAUUUUAAGUUGUAUAAAUUCUGGAUUGCAUAAAUACAAGAUCCUGGAUUAUUUGGAUAUUGUGUUCAAUACAUUAAAAACAAAAACAAAUUGUGUGGCAGCAAAUUAUAGAAUGUGUGACAAUAACAUAUUCCGAGGCCAGAUUGGGAUUUUUUUUUUUUUUUAAAUUGGAAAGUAGUAUCAUGCUUAUUGUGAUUAUUAUCUUGCAAAAUGUGACCUCAAGAUUUUAUAUAUUUUAAAGCAGUUCCUGAUUUAUUGCUGAAUUAAAGAUAAAAAAACAAAACAUUAUGAUCAGAAUGAGCAAAUCGCUCAUCCGUGAAGAGAUGUGUUUUGACAGUGCUACAUCUUUUCAGAUUGGGGCAUUAAUAUUGUACUACUAUCUAUAUCUUAUCUGUGAUUCAUCUGUUGUUUUCUGCUGAUAUUGAACUCGUGUGGCAGCAGUGACUGUAAGUAAACAGACACGUUUAAGUGUUUGUGUUUGUAAAUAAAAAAAGUUAUAUAUGUCCAGUAGUAAUGGUCUGUGUUUGGUGCAAAUAUUAUUUAAACAGCAUGACAUUUUUUUUUUUUUUAUUAGUAUAAUGUCAUUGUGCUUAGUUUGUACAAGUUUAUGAGAAAUUAGUGUAUGAUAGACUGGUAUACAGAACUAGCAGUCAGCAUAACGUGACUUCAUAAUAGUGGAGCAUUUUCAUAAUUUACCAGUGUGGCAGUGUGUUAUUGUUGGACAUUUAGCAGAAGCUGUUUUAUUCAGCUGUAUCAACAACAACAACAAAAUUCAUUUAUUAUGGGGGGUUUUUGUUUUUUUUUUUUAAUAUUAAGACUUCAUUAAUUCUAUUUAGCAAACAAAACAAAUAAAUUAAAAAAACAAACUAUCCAACAAACAAACAAGAAAAAAAAAAAAGAGAGAGAGAUUUAAAGCUUAGAUUUUUUUUGAUUUUUUUUUUUAAUAUGGGGUUUAGGGGUAAGGAAACACUGGAAUACUACAUCAAUAAUUAUAUAAAUGUAUCGAAGAAAAGAAAUAAAAUUUGAAGAAAAAAGAAAAGCAACUACAAAUAUUUGGAGAUUAUAAAAGCUUGGAAUUUUUACUGUUUUAUUUUUAAAAACAAAACUUGGAUAUUUUGGAGGUUAGAAAACACUGACAGACUACAUAGUUGUAUAACAGCUGAAAUACUUAAAUGACUUGGCAACAUAUUUGAAAAGUCUUAUGGGAAAAGAACACGGACGGAAAAAAAAUGAAGAAAAACCACACUGAGAACAUAAACUGACAGCCUGUGAAUAAUUUAUAUUCCUGAUGCGGAAACCUCGGGGUUUUUUUUCUUUCAAGUUAUUACUGAGGAAAGCUUCCAAAGACUUGAUUGCCUGGAAGCAAGGCUUUAGGCAAAUCGGCCAUCUUUGCAGAGCAAGCUUGCCGACUGUAAUUCCAUUCUAGUUAACAGUAGAUGAUAAAAAAAAACCUACAAAUCUGUGCCAAUUUUGUGUGGAAUGUUCACAGACUCACAAACUAAUAUCAUGUAUUAGCUUGCUACAAGUGUUAUCAGCCUGAAGGGAGAAAAAAAACACGCAUUCAAAUUAUCAGGGCCAUACAUAGCUGAAUAUAGUCGGGUGGGGGAGGAGGGGGGUAGGCAGUUACGAAUGCAAUAAAUGAGAAAUAAUAAUUAGUGAACGGUAAUGUAGGGUUUUCUCAAGCUAGGCGAAAGGCACAUUUCUAAUCUGAAAUGGCAUUGUCAAUUGCUAAGAUAAAAGGUUAACAGUCUUAACGUUUUUUUUGUACUUUUAAAUGUUAGUCUUUUUUUCUUUCUUUUUUUAAACUUCACAUGUUCAUCCAUUUUUCAUUAUGCUGCAGGGCAGAGAUGAGAACCAUAUUUCAUUUAUGUUUUCAUAAUCUGAGAUUUAAUUUUUUUUAAACCAAAUACAUGCCAUAAUUUCCUGCAUAUUGCCCGCAGGCCAUACAUUUUAAAACUGCUAAAAAUACCCACAGCAGACUAUCUUGACAGUAUGGGAUAUGUGACCGUUUAUGUUUCUCAGGACUGAAAAAACAAACAUGUGGGCUGUAUGAAACACUUGUUUUAGACAAGCCCAUUGGAAUAUUUCUCGUUCCAGCCAGUGCACCAUGACUGUUAUAUCAAAGGCUGUUGUAUGUACUAUCCUGGCUGUGGGAUAAUGUAUAUCAAACAUCCCUUGCUACUAAUGAAAAAGGGUAGCAGGUUUUCUCUCUAAGACUAUGUCAGAAUUACCACGUUUGACAUCCAAUAGCCGAUGAUUAAGAAAUCAAUGUGCUUUAGUGGUGUUGUUAAACAAAUCAAAGUAACUUUUGUUUUAGGAUAACUAUUAUAUAACAAAAUCAAGUAAAUAAUGAUACAGCUAUAUUUAUUUAAAAAACACCAGUAUUUGAAUAUUUUAGGAGGAAAUUACAAUAAAAACAAUUCAGAAAUUGGUUUAUCACGAUAUACAGGGAUACAAUCAACAUUAAUGGCAGUCACAUGACCAAUUGUGUUUCUUGCAAAUUAUAUGCAGACUAUCUACCGGAACGGGCUAUUUGAUUUUUUUAAAAAUAAUUCUAAAAAAUAAUUAUAGCUAUCUGCAUGCUUAGAUUCUGGUUUAACAGGCAAUAUACAGGAAAUUACAGUAGUUUCUUUUAACUCUGUUUUUUAAACAUUUUAAAACAGAUAUUUUAAACGUUUUUUUCUUUUGUAAUUUUGAAUGGAUAAACUAAAUAAUAUGGGUUGUUGACUUUUCAAACAAAGGUUAAUAUUUGUUAAAAAUAUAAAAACUCUUUCUUUCUUUUUCUUUUUUUUUGGAAAAGUCUCGUUACAAAUGAAGAAAAUUCUUCUCAAAUGUCUUGUUACAAAUAGCUUUUUUAUUUAGCAGAGUGAAACAAGUAUGUUUAUAGUGUGGUAUCAGAAGAGAAAUAGUUUUGAAUACGUGACAAUAAUUAUAAUUUGUUUAGCCGAGUGAUUUUGUGAAUAUGAUGAUAUGUAGCUUGAUCAUGUAUUUAAUAGCAGAGAGAGGAAUUCUGUUGUGCAGUUCUUUUCUCUUUUUUUUCUUAAUAAAAAGCUAACCAUAAGGAAAUGGACACAGCAGUCAUAAUUUUACUGUUUUUGAGACACUUUUACAGGUUUAUUUUAUAAAUAAACAAUAUUAACAAUGGCAUCUGUAUGAAAGAGUGUGUACUAUAGAAUGAAAUAAUCAUUCUGUGAAAAUACAAAAAAUAGUACCGGGUAAUUUAAAGAUUAAGUAGAAAUUUCAGUACGUUAGUGGUAACACUGUAAAAGAAUAUAAAAACUCGGUCAAUAAUAAAGCAUUAAGUCGUAGCUUCUUGUAGAUUUGGAGGGGGUUAGUAAGUUUAUUAAAAUUGUAUUGGAUUAAAAAAUGUGUGGGGAAAAAAAAUCUUGUGUGAAAAAAAAUUCCAAGUACAGUGUAAUGAGUUAGUUACUUACUAUUUUUAAUAUUUUCACAGAAUAAUUGUAUUAAGGCAGCUUGGCUAGUAUCAGCAACUCCAAAGUGAUUUUUUUUUUUUUUUUUUUUUUUUUUUUUUUUUGUAAAGUUAAUAUCUUUCUCUCCUUUAAAAAUCUGACUCUCCUUUAAAAAUCUGACAUGUUCUUUUCACACUGGAAAACGUUAAUAAUUAAAAUUAAUUUCAUGUAAUUAAUGACAAACAGUAAUUAGACCCCCAUGUGUUUCUUUCAUGUUAACAUUCAGAAAAACAAUUGCUCAGUUUGAACAUCAGAAUAAGAGAUAAGGGACCCUGAAGGUUUGACACCAGAGGGAGUGUUGGGAAUGUCCUCUCUUGGAUAGAGGAAAAGUCAUGACACAAGUUCUUUCUGUGUUAUCUAAGCAAAGACCCGGGGUCAAAGACAACCAGCCGUACAAUAUUCUCGAGUUCACCACAUACAAAUACAAAUGGCUGCAAAUUGGUGGCAGCCAGCGGUCACUACGCCGCUGACAUAAUGAUCGAAGCCUUGGGCCAAAUUGAAGCUUGGAACCAGUCGAACUCCCUAGCGUGUUCGCUUCACGGUUAAUUAAAUAUUGCCAUUCUCGCAGUAUAAUCGUCCUUAAUCAGUGCUUGCCAGUAAUUUCAUAAUCUAUUAUUAAUCUCCUGAAAUAAUUAAGACUUAAGAGAUAAUGAAAAAAGAAAAGAAGAAAAAAAGAAGAAGAGAGAGAUGAUAUUUGUUUUGUUUGUAGUCCGUUUGUUGUUUUUAUGCACACGUGUGUAGUGUGAGAUCGGGGGAGAGAGGUGUAAUUGUGUUUGGGGUGUAAAUAUUUGAAUCGGUCUGAGUGAGAAUGGUUUUCUGUGUUGCUUGCCAACAUUGAUUGCACGAUGCCAACAGGUUUUUAUAUAAAAUAAAAUGGCUGCCAGGUAAAUAAUUCGUGUCCUCGUUUACUCCGAGAAUUCGUUUUUCAUUCAGUCCUAAUUAGCCUGGUCUCUGGGCCCAUCACUAUAAUGUGCUUGAGUUCAAGUUUGUAUAUUAAAUAAAACAAAAUAUAUCCGAAAUAUGA